AUGUCAAGGCAGGAGCUUAUCGCAAAAAUUCGUUAUGAAAACGAGCUACCAGCUCCGCUUUUACCACCGAAGUUAAUCAAAUACCAAGCUUCGCCUGAUGAAGACGUAAGUUCCAGCAAACUUUUGACUUCAUUGUACACUAAGACCAAUGUUACACCAUUAAUUGAUUUAGACCAUGAUUUGGGGAUGCCUCUCGAUCUUUUGACGAUUCCCGGUGUAUUAAACCAACAAAACGUAGGUGGAUUGUUUGGGUACGAUAAUAUUAAGUUGAAGCAAGAAGAUAGAGUCUUAUUGAGAGAUCCAGGAAUGGAUAAAGUGGUACAGAGUGACUUAUCGAAGGUUACCUUCUUGAGAAGAACUGAAUAUGUCAUUAGCACCAACAUGUCGAAGGCUGACAAGGUGAAAAGAACUCGUUCUGCAUUGCAAAAUGAAGAAACAUUGACUCCAGAACAAGUCUUGGAAAAAGUGGAAUCUACAUUCAAUCACAGAACUGACGACCUUGAAAAAUUGCGUCAUCCAAUUAAAAAGAAGGUGAAAGCUGUUAACUCUUGGAACCUUUUACCAGAUACUGUUUCGAUGGAUCAAGGUUACUUUACUGUCAAAUUUGUUGGUUCCGCUGCUCUUGAUGGUAAAGAAAAGGAAAAAUACGACAUGAGCACUGCGUUACUCAGACCCGUUGAACUUGAAGAAGACGAAUGGAUCAGUGCUUACUCUACAGAAAAAGAAAGUUCUACCAAGCUAAGUGAAAACUUGGAACAGCAAAUAGAUGAGAUUUCUCACGACGACUCCAUUUACAAAUUUAAAAGGUUCAGAGAUUUCGACAUGAAACAAAUUGAACCAGAAACUCAAUCAAGCGAUUUAGCUCUAAGGUAUGAUAACGACAAGCGUACCGUUUACUAUAAACCUCUGCGCUCUAGAUUAGAGUUGAGAAGAAGAAGAGUCAACGAUGUGAUAAGGCCUUUAGUCAGAGAACACAACUGGGAUCAAAUUAACGUCAGAUUAAGAGCCCCAACUACCAAAGAAACUAAAGUAAGGGACGCUAUCAGGAUGAGAUACGAUCCAAUUGAUUUCCCAGCGCUUGAUGACGAUGAGGAGGAAGAAGAGGCUGAAGAUAAUGAGGAUAGAGACUCUCAAAAUGGAGAGGAUUCUCAAAACCAGGGACUCGCUUCUACUGAAAAUGUAAAACCGACUGCAUCUGACGAGGUUAAAGAAGAGUCUGUUCAAUCAGCCACUAAUGAAUUAGCCUCUCAAAAGGAUGAAGAUAUUAAACCGGAAUCACCUGUAUAG